AUGCCAAACGGAAAUGCUUUCUGGGCUGCUGGCAAGCAAAUUGUUACCUCUCCAAAUUCGCCCACCGCCACAUCUGUCAAAUCACCAAACAAGUCAAACGACAGCUCUCUCAUACAGCAGAAGAAUGGUCUGACCAAUGAAAACGGCGUUGAUCUUGCCACUCCCGGUGUCAAGAAGGUGUGUUGGGCAGAUGAGGAGGAAGAUGAGAAGUUUCUCGCCCUGUUGGCACCCCAGAAAGACGACCCGACCGUCUCUUCUCUAGAGACCACUACCAAAGUCAAGGAUGAGCUGAUCAAGGAACUGGAGGCGACCGUUGUCACGAAGGAUCUCCGCAUUGCCGAGCUAGUAGUCGCUACACGAAACAACCACGAGCAGAUUCAAGGUCUUGAAGAGGAGAUAGAAGUGAAAGAAUACACCAUCAAGACGUUGGAGAAGGAAAAUCACGUACAAUUCGUCAAACUCCAGGAGUUGUACCGCGAGUCUACCGAGAAGGACGACCGUAUUCAGAGCCUGGAGUCCGCAUUGAAGCAACUCACUGCGACACAAGACCCCAAGCAGACGUCCUGUUCAGACACCCAAUCAUCCACUGAGAGCAACGAUGCAAAGAAUACUGAGGUGCCCAAGCCCGAGGCCAAGACUACUACGUCAACUGUUGCUCCAGAGAAGCCCGAAGGUGUCGAGACGCCAAAGUCCAAAGGGGCUGUCUCCAAAGUUACCGAGCUUGCUCCCACCGACAAGACUAAAGAUGGUCAGACUGAGAAGUCUGUGAAAGGUCCAUCUUCUCACGACACCGACUCCCCGACAUUCGUGAGCAAAGAGACUUUGAAGGUUGUCCCUCCUGCUCCCAAGCCAAGGAUACUGACAUUUUCCAUCGAUAUGUCCAAAUAUGGGAAGAAACCUACUACUGUUGUGUCUAUCAAGAACCAAGAACAAUCUCCAGGGUUCAUGGGAGGCAAGAACGGUCGCGCUACGUCGUGGAAUCGGUCACCACAACAGGCACGCGUCAAGACGGAUGUGAAGCCCAAUUUCAACCCUUCGGCUGACAUUCGACACAUGCCGUCUACUCAGCGUGUUCUUUACGGAAAUGGUCCAGACGUUUCCUUCAAGCUCGGCGACGUCGAGCUCAAGACCCUCCCUCAGUAUAUCCUGAUGCAAUGCUCCGGGAAGGCAUUCCAACACUUCCAGACCAAUCCGGGCGCAACUUUGUGGUCUUUCCCUGUAGGUUCAAUGGACACAGAGGCCGCCAAGUCUCUCCUUAACUGGAUGAACGAAAUGGCAUACCAGGGCCGUGUCUACUCCGUCUCACUGAACUCGGCACCAGUGAACGACUACAGGAACAUCCAGAUCUGCCGCGCCGCGCGUGUCAUGGGCCUCAACAACACCUAUGUUGGUCAUUUCACUAAGCACCUCUGCGAACGUAUUCGUAGCAAGGACGUCUCCCUUGAGUUUAUGGAUCUGAUGUGCAAGUUUGCCUACCCAGAGAACGACCCGGUGUUCGAUUGCCUUGCCAAUAAGCUCGCCAUGCAGAAGGCGGCUGGUAAUGUACAGGGCACGACGAUGUUGGAGAAGUUGGCUGCCACCUACCCAGCACUGAGGGCAAAGGUGGAGAAGAUUGAGAGGAAGAUGGGCGCUAUUCGGGCACGCAAGUAG